CAUGACCCAGUACUGAACCCGCAUCCGGCUUGAGGAAGAUUCCCGUAUAUGGAGCUUGAAGGUUCAGCACACCAACUGAAGCUGGUGAGGAGGGAGAACAGCGGCCUUUUAGUUGCGCUCACAAGCCGUGCUGAAGCUCUCGAACAUUGCAUGUAAAGCAGCAGAUGCUGAAAGCCUUCUCGUUGAUAAAUAGCGCGCAGCGACAAGCGAUGGCGUCCAUCGGAGGACAGUGCUUGUGUUCUGCAGUCAAGUUUGAGAUCCAUGAUGUGGAGCCUGCCAUUCAGUGCUACUGCCACUGCGAGACGUGCCGGAAGGUCCGCUCAGCUCCGAUCGUCCCUUUGAUGUUGUUUCCGAUUGAUCUUCCUUAUGGGUUUGCCGACAAGGAAGGGAAGUUCAAAGUCACCGAGGGGGCCGACUUGGUAACCUCGUACAACCACACGCACACCGGACCACGACGAGCGUUCUGUAAACGGUGCGGCUCAGCGGUUUUCAACUGCGGGAAGUGGAUUGCCAUUUUCCCUAGCACAAUCACGUCAGGCGCCUCCUUCAAGCCGGAAUGCCACAUCCACUACGAAGAUUCGAUCAUGCCAAUGCGCGACGGUCUGCCAAAGUAUGCUCAGGGUCCCGAGUCACAAAAGCUGGAGGAAGACAGUCCCGAGAAGCCAUGAGAGACGUUGGGUACUGAAGCUGACGUGACCCCUGUCCGUCUGAUUCUGUUCGCUAGACGCGCGCAAGUGAAGGCUAAGCAAUGAAGGGGCUCGCUAGACAAAUAGGAGCGAUACGGAGCACGCGCUGGCAAGUCGAGUUGUUCACAAGGACGAUGCAGCUCCCGAUUGGGUGUUGCCGAGCAACUUCAAGAUACGGAGACUCUGCGCAUAGAAGUCAACAUACCGGGUCGAUGCAGUGAGUCAUGGAGAGCAUAGAUUCUUAGCCAUAUGCAUAGUCUACUUGAAGAAUCUAUGCAGCUUUGCAAGCUUGUCCAUGCAUGGCAAGUAACUUUAUAUGGGUACAUGACAAAAGAAUCAACUUUUGACGACGGUACACAAUUCGAGUUUAUAUCGCCCUGCGCGCCUGGAUCUUAUGCCAGUGAUCCAAUCGUCCAAAACUUUUGAGUUAAAAAAAGGAAACCGUCGUGGCAGGGCCUCGCAGAUUUAUAUAAUAGCGGAAUACAAUACGGGCCAGCUCUGUAGUAUAUAGCGCAUACACGCUAUAAGUUAAGGAUACACAGACUAGUUGGCAUGGGUUUCUCCAUGUCUGCGCAGAUCCGAUCCAUGCCUUUGAUAUACGCACGG